AUGCGGGUAGCCGGGACACAGCAGCAAGAAGCCUGCUCGUUUGUAUCCACAUCCGCCCGGGCUUGCUCCCUCGCGCCGGCCCUCUCGGUGCUCGGCCCCGGCGGCGGGCGCGGCGAGGGCGUCGCUCCUCCAGAGGCUUUGGGAGGCUGCGGGGGCCGCCCGCGGUGCGGCGCGGCCGCCGUUCUGCGCCAGCAGGGGUGGAGCGAGGGGUGCCUGCCGUGCCCGAGCCGCUCCGCAGGGCGAGCUCCGAGUGGUGUGCGCCAUUCGCCCUCCCGGUCUCCGCGCCGCCCAGAGGAGGCGGAGGAGGAGGAGGAGGAGGAGGAGGGCGCCGCCGUCGGCCUCUCCGCGCGGGCCCCGCGCCCGUCGGGUGCGGGCGGGCGGUCGCGGCUCGAUGCCGCGUGGCCCUCUCUGGCCUGGCGUCGCUCGGGCGUGCGCGCGCCUUCUCGGCGAGGGCCCUCGCGGAGCAGAGUGGAGCCUCGCGCGAAAGAUACAGGCCUCGGAACAAAUUAG